GCCCUCUAGUACCUCUGGUUCAUUCACAACUACACUCUGGAUUACCAAAUCAGCUGUAGAGAAGCUCCUUCCUCGGGCGACUUGGACGACCCAGUAGGAAAAACAGGGGGUUCACAAACGUGUCAAACAUAAACGAUGAAAAUGUCAGCGGCAGAGAUCUGCCAGGUUCUCAAAGAGGGAGAGCUGGAGAAGAGGAGCGACAACCUGCUCCAGUUUUGGAAGAGGAAGACGUGCGUCCUGACCACGGACAGCCUCAACAUUUACGCCGACACGCAGAAGCGCUCCAAGGGCAAGGAGCUUAAACUGCAGUCCAUCAAGAAAGUGGACUGCGUGGAGCGCACCGGCAAGUUCGUCUAUUUCACCAUCGUGACCACAGACAAUAAAGAGAUCGAUUUCCGGUGCUCCGGAGAGGACAACUGCUGGAACGCAGUGAUCACCAUGGCUCUGAUUGAUUACCAGAACAGAAAGGCCAUCCAGGACUUUAAAACGCGACAGGACAACGAGAGCGCGUCGCCGGGACAGCAGGAGAGGCGCAUGGCGAGAGCGCCAUGAGCCACCGUGGGAACGCCGACAGUGAACUACUCCUAAUAUGUGUCAUUGUGGACCAUACAGAAAUAAUAUGCGGACCAAAAGGAAGGCGAAGUUAUCCGGUCCAGAGAUGAAGGAUUGUUCGAGACUGAGUUCUCGGAGAAAGGGGGCAACUGAUUUAAAUCGACACUUUCAAAGACCCCACCACACAGGACUGAACUCAUGAACUGUCAAAACUAUUUCAUGUUUGCUCUCCGGGGAGGAGUGACUCCUAAAACCGCGAUGUUAAUUUAUUUGUUUCCAGAAUAUGGUGUUACUGGCAAACAGCUCAUGUCAUUUAAAUUAUUUCAGUGUGUGUCAUGUGUGUAUUUAUUUGAAUAAAUAUCAGUUGUUUUUGACAUAC